CCGCCGCUAUAACGGCGGCGCCCAUGGCAGCGGGGCCCGGUACCCCGGCAGGGGAGUGAGUGAGUGCCCGGCAUCCCGGCAGGUCACCCUCCGCCACCAUGAUGGAGAAAGAGCCCCCCAACUCCAGCGAAGGCCAGCAAGGCUGGUUCUCAGCCGGGAACGGCAGUGGCAGCUCCUUGGAUCUGGAGUCUGUGGUGCAACCCCUCACCUUGAACCCGUGGGACGUUGUCCUCUGCAUCUCGGGGACCAUCAUCUCCUGCGAGAACGCCAUCGUGGUGGUGGUCAUUUUCUACACCCCGGCUUUCCGUGCCCCCACGUUCCUCCUGAUCGGCAGCUUGGCCACAGCCGACCUCCUGGCAGGUGUGGGGCUGAUCCUGCACUUCGCCUUCGUGUACUUCAUCCCGUCAGGAGCGGUCAGCCUGCUGACCGUGGGGCUGCUGGUCACCUCCUUCACGGCCAGCGUCAGCAGCCUGCUGAGCAUCACCAUCGACCGCUACCUGUCCCUCUACAGCGCCCUGACCUACUGCUCGGAGAGGACGGUCACCAGGACGUACAUCAUGCUGCUCCUGGCCUGGGGAGCCUCCAUCUGCCACGGGCUGCUGCCCGUCAUGGGCUGGAACUGCCUGGGGGAGCCGUGGGCCUGCAGCAUCGUCCGGCCGCUGACCAAGAGCCACCUCAGGCUCCUCUCCGCCUCCGUCCUGGCGGUGUUCGUGGCCAUGCUCCAGCUGUACGUGCAGAUCUGUCGCAUCGUGUGCCGGCACGCCCAGCAGAUCGCCGUGCAGAGGCACUGCCCGGCCAGCUCCCAGCACCUCAGCACCCACAAGGGCAUCGCCACCCUGGCCGUCGUGCUGGGCACCUUUGGGUGCUGCUGGCUGCCCUUGGCCGUGUACGGGCUGCUGGGCGACGGCAGCUCCCCGGCGCUCUACACCUACGCCACGCUGCUCCCCGCCACCUCCAACUCCCUGCUCAACCCCCUCAUCUACGCCUUCAGGAACCAGGAGAUCCAGAAGGUGCUGCUGGGGGCCGUGUGCUGCGCCCGCCUCUCCUCCCCGCUGCCCUUCCGCUCCCCCAGCGACGUCUGACCGGCCCCGCGUCCUUCACUCACCGAGCCCAGCCGGGGAUUUGCUUUGAUUCCCCCUUUUCAUUCCCACAGGCACAUCACAGGAGCUCCUGGAAUCAAACGGCUCCUCCCAGCCUCAUCCUUUUUGGGCACAACCCCUUCUUUUCCUCUAUUUUUCCACUUUUUGAAUAGAGAGAAAGACGUAUUUUUUAUCCAUAAUAUAAUCUAUAUUUAUGUGUGAGAGAGAGAGGGGGCUGAUCCUCAUAUUUUCUUUAAAACUAUUUAUGAUGCUUUAUUUUUUUAAGGGUGGGGAAACACCAGGAACGUUCCUCCCCAUCUUGGUUUUUUUUUUUUUUUUUUACAACCUUGUUAUUUACCUCAGAUAGUCAAAAUAUAUUUUAUACAUUUGGGGAAGGGGAGGAGAGACUCGUUGACAGAGGAGGAGGGACUCAACCCCCUCCCCCCUUCUCCCAGCCGUCCAUUUAUUUAUUUAUUGAUAUUUGAAUUAUUAUUUAAUUUGAUUUCUAUGCCUCCCUCCCGCCGCACAGUGCUGGGCCCUGCUGCCCUCUAGUGCUCGCUGCCUUCAGGAGGGGGGCUGCCGGAGGCUCUGCACCCCCAAACCCACAAGUUUUGGGGUCCUCUGUGUGCUGCCACCCCCCCUCACGGCACCCAGGGCUCCCCCUGCCCAAGCCUUUCUUUGCACUGGGAUUGGAUUUGCACAUUUCUGGGCUGGGGAGAUGGAUGUAAAGGGCCCCUUGUGAAGGGGACCCCUCUGGAUGGGGACCCCUCUGGAUGGGGACCCCUCUGGAUGGGGACCUGUCGGUGGGUCAGGGUGGGGGGGGGCUGCUUCUUGUUUACAACUCUGGCAGGGGAAUAAAUGAAUUUGUGGUA